AGACGAAUUUCGCCGCGAUGCGGAAUGUCGGAGAUGUGGCGUUUCAUGGUAUCUAGGGAACAUUCAAAAUGUAGAAGAAUGUGAUCUAUCGAAGAGAAGUCAGGGUCAAGCUGGUUGUCGUCAUCAUCUCGAGAUAUUGUGCGGUAGUUCUGAAGAGUAUCGGUUGCAAGAUUUCGCAGCUUUUUCAACCAAUUUUACUGAUAACAAGUGCCAAAUUAUCACAUUUAGUUGUCGGUUUAGUGGAAAGACGACGAAUUCGUGUUGUUUUCGGGGGCUUAUGAAAUCCGCCAUUUAAAAUAAAUUAUCAUGAUAAAGAGCCCGGUAGUUGUCCCUAUCAUCAUCGGGUUGUCACUGUUGAGCAUAGGCAGUGCUUACGUUUACACAAUUUUGAAGAAGAAAAAAGAACGAAACGACGAUUCACCUAUCGAUCAGCAAGAUGGAGAAGGUCUCUCCAAAAUUGCCAAACUGGUUCGAAUGAUAAGCAAAGAAGAAGUCAAAUCAGUGGAAAUUACCCUAUCGAACAAAGUUAUCCCUCUGGUAGUCGGUCGCAAAGGAUUCACCUUGCGCCACAUCCAGGAUACCACAAGCACCGAUAUUCAAUUUCGGGAUCUGGAUGAUUCACACCAGAUAUGCGAGAUACGAGGAACAGAAGCAGGCAUUCGAGCAGCCGAAGACCUGAUCAUGAAGGAAGCUUCUCGGCAGGUUUCGCAAACCGAAGAGAUGCUCGUCCCACAAAGCGCAUGUGGGAAAAUUCUAGGACGAUGCGGCGAUGAACUUCAAGAAAUUUGUCGAAAAUCUAUGGCGAAAGUGUGGAUCGAAGGUUCUCGUACAACUGGAGAUAGCCGAUGCAUAAUGAUCACUGGAACUCCUAAGCAGAUCAGCGUAGCGAAAUCUCUUAUUAGUAAGAAAGUUAAAGAAGAUGCUGACUUCAGAAAAAGUCAAGAGCACCUGGAUCUUCGCCGAGAGCCACGUAUUCGCACUCCACCAAGCAGCAUCACGGCAACUCCAAUUCCACGGGAAGUACUUCCUCCUACUGUUGAGAAGCUCAAGACGUCGACGUCUGCUAGUCAACUGGAAGUAUUUGUAUCGGCAGUUGUCUCGCCUAGUCGUUUUUAUCUGCAGCUAGUCGGCCCUCAGUCAACGGAACUGGACAUCCUGGUAGACACUAUGACUCAAUAUUAUAACCAGCAAGACAGUCGCAACCUGCACCGCAUACGGAAGCCAUAUCUUGGACAAAUUGUUGCAGCCGAGUUCAAUGCCGACGGCAAAUGGUAUCGGGCUGAAGUGAUUGCAAUCCUACCGAAUGAGUUCCAACCGGGUGAAAUAGUGCUGGAUUUGUUCUUCGUAGACUAUGGCGAUAAUCAGUAUAUCAAACCUUCGGAUGUGUACGAGCUGCGGCCGGACUUUCUAGCACUUCGCUUCCAGGCGAUUGAAUGUUUUCUGGCACACGUAGAGCCAAACAACUUGAUCAAUUCGACAACAGGGGAAGAGGAGUGGGAUCCUUUGGCGAUUACCAGAUUUGAAGAGCUUACGCAUGCGGCUCAGUGGAAGAAACUACUCUCCCGCAUUGCCACAUACAAGAAGAAAGGACAUCGAGGCAAUCGUGAAUCUCGAGAAGGCUCACCCGUCCCAGGUGUUGAGCUGUAUGAUGUCUUAGACGACGGUGCCGACCUCAACAUUGCCAUCGAACUUGUCACCGAAGGCCAUGCCAAGAUAAUACCCAACUUUGGUGAUCUUGGCCGAAGUCACGUUCUGCGACUGGACGGUGGUUCGCUAGCAUCCAGUUCCGAAAGACUCAACGAUGUUUCAUCAGCUUCUAGUGCUACGGAUACAGUUUCGUCUGUAGUGACAACGAUUCACCCGAAUCGGCCGUCAAUUCGUGAGGUGACUAACGGAGACGAACAACCCAGCUCUACAACAUCGCCAAGAAGAGAAGCGCCACACACUGGCGAAUUGGUGAACUCCAAUGGACGUCCCAAGGCAGACGAAACUGAGAGUAACGACUUUAUACAAGCGGAAAAGACGAAUACAGCAUCACUACGAAACGAAAGUGCUAACGACGUAACCGGUAAUAGCUACAUUAAUGGCAAACCGAAAGACAACGGUUUGCGGAUGCGUGAUUGGAAUGAACUCGUUGAAGAAGAGCAACAUAGCAAUGGGCUUAUCCAUUAGGCUCAAAGAAAACACAUUAUUUUUUUUUUAUCAAAUAGGAAGAUAGAUUGGUAAAAUGUGAUUUUAUCCAAUUUGACACUCGCCGUUAUUGAUAUGACGAUUAUUGUAAAUAACUUGAAUUCGUAUAAUUUACUUAUAUUGUUCUCAAAUAGUUUUAAUUUCCUUUUCCUAUGAAGUCUUCCCUACCCAGUUAAGUUUACUAUGUGUAAAUAGAACGAAGUACAGCGACGGACAAAACAAGAAGACCAGCGCCUUUGGGAUUAAAUUCGGUUGCCAAAUAUAAUAAGAUACAUCGUAAAUUGUAUGUUUUGUACAAAGUAAAGUUUAGCAUCGAAGAAAUUACGGAAAACGGUGUUCAAUGAUACAGAGUUGGGGCAAAUUUCUUCAAUUUCGCUUACCUCAUAAGCAGUGCGUGCCCAUACGAAAUUGGCUCUUACGAAUGCUCCCAUACGAAAUUGGCUCUUACUGAAAUCAUGACACCGGUCGCACGAUUUAAAAUCCACUCAGUUUCCGAUGCGUCCUGUUCGGGAUGUUGGCAACUCAAAUUGAGAACAAUCAUUUGUUUCUUCGUUGCAUUCACUUAAAGCGAACUAACGAUUAAGGUGAUCAUUUAAAAAUGUUGUUGGGUGUUGGUCUUAUUGUUUUCUCUGUCACUGUUGUGAGCACGAUUAUGAGAAAAAUUACGUACUUAUGAAGAGAUGAAACAAAAUAUAACUCGUAGAGUGAAAAAAUGUGAAAUAUAUUUUUAGAAGAAGUGUUGCAAAACAAUGUUUUGAAGUGUAUGCUAUGAAAAAAUAUAGUACCAACAUGUACCAACAAAGAUUCUAUGUAUUAUGGAAGUAGCUUUUGAAGCUUAGCUGAUUAUUGUUGGAUCAUUAGUGUCUAAUUAUGCUUUGUAUUGAUCAUCGAUCAAAAUAAAUGAUAUCAAUGUUAAUUUAAUAAAGCAAACAUUUGAUGUUCAACCAUUUA